CGCGUUCCAUUAAACCUUGGAGUUAGGAAUUUCCAAACCCUGAAGUUGAAACUGGAACGCCCCUCAAAGUGGAAUUUCGUCUUGGAAGGUCGGGCUGCUCCUGCUUCCCUCUCUCCUCUGGUCUCCACCAGCAAUGCAUGAUGAUAUAUAUAUUGCUCAGUUACUGAGCAUUGAUUGUGCACUACCUUUCACGAUGCAUUGUGGGAAACGAAACCUUCAGACAGCACUAUAAAAUGGCAACAUUACUAUAAAUUGAUUAGUGAGUGAUUUCAGGCACAGCCACAGUGAUUGGCUUCAUUUCUGGAUAGUGGGAGGAAGUGGAGACACGUCGUCCAUCUGAAAAUACAGUCUGUGGUGAAUCCGGCCGUGUAUUCUGAGCUGCAGUGGUGUUACUUUAUCACUUCAAGUACUGAGCACUGAAAAAUCCACCGCUUGUGCACGCGCUUGUGUGCACGCGCGGCGGUGUGUAGUGCCGCUUUAAGAAGAAAGUGGCCUGGCUGACGUCAUCCUCAUGAGCAUAAUUGACAAAGGGCAGAGCGAUCAUCUUUCUUCUCCCCAAUCCGUGCACCUUCCCCUCCGUGUGAGGCUUCAGCUCCGAGCAUGGCGCAGCAGUUUGUUCAAACGAAGAUCAAAGGAGACAAAGUGGUGCUGUUCAUCAAGCCCAAGUGCCCCUACUGCAUCACGGCCAAAGACGUUUUGUCCAAAUACAAGUUCAAACCCGGACAUCUGGAGUGCAUUGACAUAAGUGGCCGAAGCGACAUGGGCAGCAUGCAGGACUAUUUCUUGGAGCUCACCGGAGCCCGCACGGUCCCUCGGGUGUUCAUCGGUGAGGAAUGCAUUGGCGGCGGGAGUGAUGUGGAGGCGCUGCACAAGAAUGGUAAACUGGAGGGCAUGCUGCAGUCCAUUGGAGCCCUGCAGUGACCUGCUCCAAGCCCUGCAGGCCACUGGAAUCCACAUGUGGGGGUCACAUGACUAUGCAGCGGGACUUGCGUAGUUUGCGACGUCGUUGCUGGUACUCGCUGAGCUCCUGCAGGUAGCCUCUGGAUGGCCAGCGGAGCCUCUCUACCUGUUCGCGCUCCUCAUCUGGAACACACAUUCGCUUAUCAAUAAUUUACUGCAUACACAACUGUGGAAAAAUUAUUACAACCACAUUUACUGCAGUCGGCACGUAAUCUCAAACACACAUACAGUAAUAACUCCCUGGAUUGUUGCCAUGAGCUCCAACAAGACUGAAAUGUCUGACUGAGGAUUUUGUGUACACCAAGAAGCCACAGAGGACCAACAGUGAUCGAUCAUGUGCUGUCUCUUUAUCUGACCUUUGACUUUGCUUGUGCCCUCCAGUACCCGUCCAAUGAUCUGAAAUAAGUCUUGUGUCUGUGAUGUCAAUAAAAAGUUCUACUGCUUCAAACCAGA